GCCAUCCUCAAACAGGCAUAAACAUAUCAACAAUGUCGAGCAUGUCGGCCGGAGAAGUGCAGGAGCUGCUUUCUACUGUUCAGAUCGACGAAGAGCGCUUCGUAGGGCUGCUGACCAAGUUGAUCGACAAUGUGGCCACGCUCCAAAACAACCCUUCCCAGCCUGAAAACUACUGUACGAACGCUAUCUGUUCGCUGUUCCUGCGGACGGAUGUGCGGUUGCGAUGGUGUCUGUUUCCGUCCGAUCGUCGAUCCGAUCGCCCGCACACCCCCACGGCCUCCCAGAACAUGGUUCCGAAAGAGGACAAUGCCAGCGACCAUGUGCUAGAGCUCCUGAAGCCCUACACCACUGAGAACGGUGGCCCGCUGGAGGUGGAGCGGGUCCACUUUACGCCGGGGCGCGGGAACGUCAUCAUCAAAUACCCAGGCAAGCCGUCAUCUGAGGAAUAUAAUUAUCGAAACAUAAACGAAACGACGUUGGAUCGCCGCACUGGGGACAAAACGGUAACCUUCCUGGGAAGUCACCUGGAUGUCGUACCGGCAAACCCGGAAACGUGGGAGGUGGACCCCUUCCACCUUACCCGGGAUGGUGAUAAGCUCUACGGCAGAGGGACCACUGACUGCCUCGGCCACGUGGCGAUGAUCACGGACCUCAUGGUGGAGCUAGCCGCGAAGCGUCCGGCUCUCUCGCGGACGGUACUGGCGAUUUUCAUCGCGAACGAAGAGAACGGGGAGAUCGAAGGGGUCGGUGUGGACGGACUCCACAGCUCGGGGAAGUUGGAUGAGCUCGGUAUCGGCAAGGGGCCUAUCUUCUGGGUUGAUUCUGCGGACUCCCAGCCGUGCGUCGGCACCGUCGGGAACAUGCAGUGGAUGAUCAAGGCCAACGGAAAGCUGUUUCACUCGGGCCUGCCUCACAUGGCAAUCAACCCGAUCGAGAUGGUGAUGGAGGCUGUGGCUAUGGUGCAGAAGCGCUUCUACGAGGACUACCCGCCGCACCCCGAUGAAAAGAAGUACAACUACAAGUGCUCCUCCACGAUGAAGCCGACACAAGUCCAGUGCGCGAGCGGCAGCAUCAACCAGAUCCCCCCGCACGCAACAGUCUCCGGGGACUGCAGGGUGACCCCUUUCUACGGCGUAGACAAGGUCCAGGAGAGCAUCGAGAAGUAUGUGGCUGAGAUCAACGCCGACCCAUCCAUCCUGCCGAGCCGCGGAGCCUUCUCUAAGUAUGUGCUGCCAGCGGAGGGGCGCCAGGGAACGAUCGAGCUGACGUGGGUCACGAAGGGCGAGGAUGGCAUCGCCUGCAACCUCGAGAGCGAGGGUGCCGAUGCGCUCAACGCGGCUACGGCUACGGUUAUCGGUCAGUCGGCGCCCUACUCCAUCUCUGGAUCAUUGCCGCUGGUACGAUGGCUCCAAGACCAAGGCUACGAUGUGCAGAUCUGCGGAUACGGCUUAAGCUCCCGCUACCACGCGGAGAACGAGUACUGCAGCCUCGCGGCGAUGGGGAAUGCCGUGAAGAUUCUUGCGGGCACAGUUGCGCGACUAGAGAAAAACUAAACGUUUUCUGACCGUCAUCACAAUCACAGGUCGUCAUGUGAC